GUAACAAAACCCAUGACUCCAAGAAAACACAAAUUCUAUACAUCUUACCCAUCUCAAGAGCAGAACCCCUCUCAUUCCAAACACACCCACAUCCGAAAAAAAUAUAUUCUUCUCGUACAUGAGAGAGACUGAUAGAAGCAAGAGAGGAGAAGAAGAAGAGCUCAAUUAGAACGAGAAAGAGAGCCAGAAGAUAAAAGAGGAGAUCCAGAUCUUGAGUGUUCUUUGUGAGCAAAUGGAGCUGUUCCAAGCACAGCCAGACCUAUCACUCCAGAUUAGCCCACCAAAUAGCACUCCCACACCGAGUUGGAGGAAGGCAGAUGAGAACCUGGACUUAGGGUUUUGGCGAAGAGCCAUGGACUCCAACGCCACCUCCACCACUACCAGGAAUCUCCACAGCAUCACCAACCAAUCUACUGCAGAGCCCGAUAAGGCUGCCUCCGAGCUCUCCUUAGCCCACCCAAGUGCCACAGACUCCACCACCAUGAGCAGCAGUCUCCUCCACCAUCCCCACCACCACCACCACCACCUCCACUUCCACCAUCACCACCACCACCCCUUAGUCCGUGAAGGCUACCACCAAGACCUUGGCUUGAUGAGGCCUAUAAGGGGAAUUCCCGUGUACCAGCAUCAACCUAAUUCCUUUCCUUUAGUCCCACAGCUCCAGCAGCAAACCUUGUGCGACUCCUCCUCCACUGCUGCUAAUUUCACUCACUUUGCGCCGCAAGGCGCGUCGCGGUCGAGGUACCUGUCGUCGAGGUUCCCCGUGAAGCGGAGCAUGAGAGCGCCGAGGAUGCGGUGGACAACCACACUCCAUGCCCGCUUCGUCCAUGCCGUCGAGCUGUUGGGAGGACAUGAGAGAGCCACACCCAAGUCAGUUCUUGAGCUCAUGGAUGUUAAAGAUCUUACCUUGGCUCAUGUGAAAUCUCACUUGCAGAUGUAUCGGACCGUGAAGAAUACUGAUAAACCAGCAGUUUCUUCAGGCCAAUCUGAUGGGUUUGAGAAUGGGUCAACUGGAGAAAUUUCUGAUGACAAUUUGCUCGAUCUCCACAAGCGCCGUGACGCAGAGCCGUCAGGUCAGCAUGGAAGGUCAGCUAUGCACCAUGGAAACAAUUUCAGUGGUCUAUGGAGCAAUCCUUCAAGCAGGGGAGGCUGGUAUAAUGGCAUACCAAGUGAUUCAACCACAGGGAGCAUGCAUUCCUUCAAGAUGACUGACCACUGCGUUAAGUUCGACAUAAUGACCAUCGUCCGAGGAGGACAUGCAAUCCAAAAGGAUUGAAAUUUUAUCAGAUGUCAACUCAUCAUGUCUCUCGGAGACAUCGAGCCCCAACAAGCCCAAUCUUGAGUUCACGUUGGGAAGAUCGCACUGAUUUAAAGUGCUCCCUCAAAACAAGAUUCUAUCAGCUGCUACAAGUAUCCUAUGCCAAUAUAAGCAUCAGAAAAAGAAGGGGAGAGAGAGAAAGAGAGAGAGAGAGAGAGAGAGAGAGGAAGAGACCAUCGAGACAAAAGGAAAGCAAAAGGAGGGAGGAGGGGGGGGGGGGGGUAUGUGUAUGUGUGUGAAAGCAUAUCUUUGAUGCCAAAGCUGAGAAAGCCUAAGCCUGUGCUCUACAAAGUUAUGAAGUUCAAUUGGUUCAGAAUUCCAGAGAGAGAGAAGGGGGUUUUCUCUUUUUACUGUCAUAAAGCACAAAAGGCAGGUUUUAUUCAUUAUCAUGCAUGUGCACGUGCUUUGCUUUA